AUGACGGAACAGGUAGUUCUUGGGUUCCUAGAAAAGAACGAAGAGAUAUCGGAUUCUAGGGUUUUCGCCGAGGAGGAUAAAAUCAACCACGAUGAACUUGAGAACAUCAUUAAGAGUCUAAAAGCCCACGAACGCGUCGAUUUCAAGCUCACAAAUCAGGACAGAUGGGAGUUAACCGACGAGGGGAAAAAUUACGCCGAAUCGGGAUCUCCAGAAGCUUGUAAGAACAAAUGGGUGGAAGUGAAGAAAAUUGGUAAAAUUCAAGAAAAGUUCCAAACGUUGAGGAAGAUAGAGUUAAGGAGGAUAUUUCCGGUCUUAGAACCGACCCAAAAGCUCGUCGAGCUGAAGAGAUCCGUAGUUUACAAUGUUAGAAAGGGUUCUAAGUAUACUCCAACUAUGAAAAAAGUUACUACUGAUCUAACAAGAGAGAAUAUAGCCAACUGGAAGGAAUUGGUGUUGAAAGAGUACAAUUUCAAAGCUAAUGGUUCAACCAUUCAAUGUGGCCAUCUUCAUCCUUUGAAUAAGUGUGUACACGAAACCGGAGGGUACGGAUCCCGAGGUUAUUGGUAUGAUUUGGAUCCAGAAGAAGCGAACAAGAAUCUCUUGAGGACUCACACAACAGCUGUUAUAGCGAAGAAGCUGUAUCAGCUUGCGCAGAUGAAGCAAAUUUCUUUUGACAGUAUCAGUAAGUACUAUUCCGUUGAUCGACUUUUCAUGAAUGAAUCCGUUGAUAGGACUCAUCUCGCUGAGUUUCACCAGAUUGAAGGUGUGAUUUGUGGUAAAGGGCUUUCCCUAGGUCAUCUCCUCGGAGUUCUUGAGGAGUUCUUCUCUCGUAUGGGAAUGUCGUCCAAGCUCCGUUUCAAGCCGGCUUUUAAUUCGUACAUGGAGCCCAACAUGGAAAUUUUUAGCUAUCAUGAAGGAUUUAAGAAGUGGGUGGAGGUUGGGAAUUCCGGCAUGUUUAGGCCGGAGAUGUUGCGGUCGAUGGGGUUUCCGGAAGAUGUCCGGGCGAUUGCUUGGGGUCUUUCACUUGAUAGGCCUACAAUGAUACGUUAUGGAGUGCAUAACAUCAGAGAUAUGUUUGGGCAUAAGGUUGAUCUUAAGCUCAUUGAGAAAAACCCUAUUUGCAGUAUUCGUCUUCAAGGUACCGAUCCUGAUGCGUACGAUCUUAAUUUUCUGGUUCAGACAUAUUAA